AUGUCCCAGGUGGUGACAGAUGGGCCGUAUCCUCCGCUGAGUCCGCCGCCUGUUGCCCAUGAUGUUCCCCUGUCAGCUGCUGCCGAAGUGCCACUUGCUGCUGAUGUUCCUCCCGCUGCUGGGACUGUUCCUCCGGCCGUUCUUGGUCGUCCUCCUAUUGCCUCUGCUGCUGGACCGUCGCCGGAUUGUUUCAAACCUCGGAGUCUUCUUGCUCUGUAUGCUGAUCCUGCUCUGUCUAAGUGUUACAUCAGGUAUGAUGCUGCCAGUGGCAAGUUUGUUCAUCCGCCUGAAGCUGUUUCCCGUCCUCCCGACUGUCAACCGCCCGCCGUUACUGCUUCUCGUCCUGACCUGCUGACAUAA